UUCAUUUCGCUUCAAAAACUUUGAGCGUGUACACAGUGCAACGUGAACGGAACGGAGCUGAGCACAGCACAGCAGCGGCUGCCGCGAAGAGUACAAUUUUUUUUAGCCUGGCAUUAUUAUUAUUCAAAAUACAAAAUACCACAAAAAUUAAAACACACACAAUAACCGAAAAACAUUUCACAUUUGAACAACAAAUUUUUGUAACAAUUUUUCAAAACACGAACGACGAACCAACCGCAAAAAUAAUUCGGUUUAACGCAAAUUAAAUACAAAUACAAAUAUAUAUACAAAAAGGAAAUUGUGCUAAAUAUAUAUAAAUAUAUAUAUAAAUACAGAAAAGUGUGAUUGUUUUGAAAAUAAAUGAGAAAUUGCAAUUGCAAUUGAGAAUCUAUUUUGGAAUUACAAAUUUGCUUCCAAUGGAAAUCAUGUGCCUAAAAAUGUAAAUUGCGCAAAGAAAAAUCGACGUCUAUUUAAAAGUCCAACAACAAUAGCAACAACACCAACACCAACAACAACAGCAACAUUAACAACACCAGCAACAACAACAACAACAACAACAGCAACAACAACAACAAGAAAACAACGAGCACGGCAAAAAUAUCUAGCAAAAAAAAAAACAGCAAAAAAAAUUCAAUUCAAAUACAAAACGUGUUAAGCAAAAAAUAAUACAACAGCAACAGCAACAACAACGACACACGAAAUUUGUCUAUAUAAAAUUGCAUAAAAAUAUUUUUUUACUGUAGUGUGUUGUCUCGUAGCGCACACAAAUACAGGUACAAAAAAGCGACACUCACAUCUACAGCCGUCGACGUGGCCCUCGCCUCAGUGUGUGUGUGUGUCCGUGUCCGUGUGCUCGUUGAUGUGCCUGCGUGUGUUUGUUUGUGUGCGUGCACGCCUGUGCUAGUGUUUGUGUGUUUGUGUGAGCCGCAGUCGCUGUCACCGUCACCGUCAACGUAAACGACGCCGUCGUCGUCGUCGUCGUUGCUGCCAUCGCCAUCGUUGCCAUCGUCGCCAUCGCCGUCGUCGUCGUCGUCGUCGCUGCCGCAAACGUUCAUUAUUAUUAUUAUUAUUAUAUUUUUGGCACGCAAACCUGUAACAGUCGCCUGCUCUGCCAGCGUCAACGUCAACGGCAACAGCGCUGUCAACGUCGCGUUUUGUGUUAAUUAAAUUUACUUUUGUGAAUGAAAUGCGAAAAAAAAACCAGCAAAGCGAAUAAAAAAUAUUUUUUAAUAUGUACAUAAAUGCUAAAUAAAUAACACGAAAAGCAGCAGCAGCAGCCGUCGUAUAAUAAUAAUAAUACAACACACUCACACUCACAACAAAAAAAAGAGAGAGAAGCAAAAAUCUACUCGGCCGUCUAUUUGUAUAUUAUACAUUAUAUACACACACACAUACACAUAUAUGUAUAUAUGCGUGUGUCGCGAUCGCGAGUAGAAUUAAAAGCCACCAAAUCAAAGCCACCCAACAAAACCCCGAAAAAAAAACACAUCUCGGCAAGAAUUUGGAUUAUACGAGUAUACGACCAAUCGACUCUACGAUUACACACCAUUAAUCGGAUAUAUAGAAUACUAUAAUCAUAUAUUAAACGAUAUUCGAUAAAUCAUCAUCACGGAUUGGAUAUUUCUUUUUUCAUUAUCGGAUUGCUUUUGAAAAUCAAUAAAGCAAUCGAAGCUGCGCUGGGACACCAACAACAACGACAUUAAGAAGGGAAUUCAAGGCAAUUGUCAGAACGUGCUAGGAUGAAGGCAAAUCGAGCUGAAUUCGGGCACAGCAAUUACCGAGGGCAACAACAACAACAACAGAGCAGCAACAGCAGCAGCAGCCAGAGUCAAGAGAUCAACAAUUAUUAUUGAGGCGCUGCCUGUGAGUGCGGAGUUGAGUUUUAAGUUGAUUGGUUACAACGAUACAUGGAUCGCAGAAAUGGCGGCGAUCCCUUGGCGCCACCCCGGCCCCCAAAGCUACUACCGCGUGUGCAUCGACCAAGGGCGCCGGAGCCAACAGCGUUAAGUAGCGACAACAAUAACAGCAGCAGUAGCAACAGCAACAUCAAUCAGCAACAUCCUAGUAUUACAGCAGCAAGUGCAACAACUAGCAACAACCUGAACAACCUAAACAACCUAAACAACCUGAACAACAACCUAAACAACAACAACAACAUUAUAUCGAUAAUACCCGCUACGGCCGACAUUGACGACUAUCAGAUACAUCAUCUGACAUUUCUGCCCCAGCGACCAAGCAGCCUCAGUCGCAACAGCAGCAACGCAUCGUCAUCGACAGCGACGGCGAACAGCAGCAACGGCAGCACAUCGAGUUUCACGCGACGUCGUCCGCCGGCGCCAACGCCCACGUUGCUCAACAUUAAUACGGCAGCAACCACUGCAACGAGCAACAGCAACAACUCGAGUUACAACUCGAACAGCAACAGCAACUUCCUUAGUCAUUUCCAAAGCGCUGAGCCGGCGUUAGCGUUAACGUUAACGGGUCAGCCGCCCGCCUCCCCCGUCACGCUGGCGCAACCGCGACCCGAAUGCGAAAGGCUGACGAAUGAGUAUGUGGAUACGCCGCUGCAGCAUGCAACACGCUCACAACAUCCGGCUGGCCAGCAGGACAAUGGCCAAACGACGACGCAUCAUUUGCUGUUGCUGCCACAGCGACAACAGCAUCAGCAUCAGCAGCAGACGGCAUCAGCAACACAUUCGAUAGGCAACAAUCGUUUGGCGGCAACAGCAGCAGCUGCUGGCUCGGCUGCUGCAGCAGCAACCACAACGACGGUCGAUGGCACCGAUGGCUUAUUACAUUCUACGCAUUUGCACACAAUUCCUCCCGCGCAGCAGCAACAUCAUCAACACCCACAUCAUCAGCAACAUCAUCAUCUGCAUACACAUCUUUUAAAUGGUCAGACCAAAGCACCCGCCUCCAAUAAGUUUGCGUCACAAGCGCCGCCAGCGCCGCCUCGCAACGGACUGAGCUUUGCUGCCGCUGCAACCACAGCAGCAGCAGCAGCAGCAACGGCAACGGCAACCACACAGCCCAUCACGCAAGCGAUCACCAAGCAACCAAGCAACAACAGCAACAGCAACAGCAGCAAGGAACACAUGCAUGCACUCGAAGAGUUGCUGCAACAGCAACAACACCAUCAACAGCAGCAACAUCAACAGCUGCCCGGCAGCGGCGGCCAAUUGGGCGCCUCAAUUGUGCUCGGCGGUGAUCCAUCGCUGCUCAAUCCGAUCGUGUGUCCCCGUUGCGGCCAUUGUCGCUGCGAGCAAUGCCAGAGUCCGCGUCCGUUGCCCCAGACGUGGGUGUGCAACAAGACGUGUCUGUGCAGCGCCGAGUCGAUCAUCGACUACGCCUCGUGUCUGUGCUGCGCCAAGGCGUUGUUCUAUCACUGUGCCCGCGACAACGACAUGGAUUGCGACGAUGGCACUGGGACGCCGUGUGUCGACAAUCCCUGCUCCUGUGGUCCCUACAAGCGCACCCAACGCUGGGGCUGGCUGGGAGCAUUGUCCAUUGUGCUGCCCUGCCUCUGGUGCUAUUGGCCGAUGCGGGGUUGCAUCAAGCUCUGCGAGAAGUGCUAUGCUCGGUUCGCUGGGCGUGGCUGUCGCUGUCAGCUGGGCGGAGGCGUUGGCACCGGGAUUGCUGGCAACGGACUUGGUGGCAACAGCAUGUUGCCCAUUGUGCCGCUGGGUGGCAAUGCCAACAGCUUGACUGGCGGUGUGGCAAAUGGGGCACAGAACGGUGGCAUGCCACUCUCGGUGGGCAAGGGCUUCGAGCAUGGCUGCAGUGCAGCCAGUCGCAUUCUCCGCAAGGGAGAUCUGACGCCAGAGAAGCGUUUGCUCGACUCCAGUCCGGAUUACUAAAACUCCGUUUGCGUUUCCGUUUGCGUUUGCGUUUUGUGCGCGUUUUCGUCUCGAAGAAAACGCUUCACAAGCGAAAAUGUCUAUAAAAACAUACAUACAUACAACAUAUAUGCGAAAAGAAAUAUUAAAUGUAUGACUUAAAGAUACGUAUAUGCCGAAAAAAUAUGAAGAAAAACACAACAAAAUAUUUAAUAUAUGAUUUAAUAUACAACACACACAAAAAAAACAUGUUUAAUGUAUGAGAAACAAAACAAAAAAAAAAAAUGAUAAAACUGAAAAAAGAAAAAAUAAAUAACCAAAGACUGCAAACAGAUAAUUAUUAAUUAUUAGAAAUGUUAUUUAAAAAAUAAUUUUCGCUUAAUUUAAAUAAAACAAAAAAACAUAACUAAUUAAUGAAUGAGCAACUGAAACGAGCGACACCAACAACAACAACAACAACAACAAGAACAAGAGGAACAACAAACAUUUCUUUUCGAACGAUUUUUUCCAUUACUUUUUGUAUUGUUUCCUUCCUUUUUUAUGUUUUUUUUUCAUGUAAUUUAUUUCUGUUUUUUUAUUUUAUUGCAAAUAAAUACGAUUCCAUUUGAAAUAGUUUUCAUUUUUGUUGCGUAAAGUAAACUUUUAUUUUCUCUAGCAAAAUUUUUCGAUAAAUAUUUGUGCGAUAAAAACUUAUUGCAAGUCACAAAACAAAAAAAAAAAAUUACUGAGAAAAACUAACUAAACCAGUCCAUUUUCGAUGUUGUAGAAACAAGUAAUUAGACAAAUUUUUGCACAAUUUAUUGUACGAAUUUAAAUGGGUAAAUAUUAUGUUUGAGAAACUACAAAUUACAGCAAAAAUUACAAAAGUAGAUGAGUCUAAAUGUGCUUAUAAAUAAAUAUACUUACUUACAUAUAUAUGGGAAUCUAAAGUCAGUUGGCCAUAAAAAAGUUUACUUUACUACAGGAAAUUAAGCGACAACAACUGAUAACAUACUUUUAAAUACUAAAAUAAAAUGUAAAAGAAUGAAAAUUAAUUUCUUAUAAAUGUAUUUUAUAUGAGACAAAUUGUUAUCGUUUUUUUUCUAUUGUAAAAAUAAAUUCCCCCCAAGCAUGGAUUGUAAAUAAAUUACACUAAAAAGAAAAGAAACACCAAUACAAAAUGCAAGAAAAAUUCCAAAUAUACAUGAAAAAUAAAUAAAGAAAAACAUAUACUAUCUAUAAAUAUAGAAAAGCCAAACUACAUCUUACAAAACUUAACUAAAACAAAAAAUAUGCAGCAAAAACAAUUUUAUGUAAGUACAGAACUAAAGAAUAUCUAUGAGAAAAGCAAAAAAGAAAACCCGAUUAGCAAAAAGCGAAACAAAUUUCUAAAAAAAAAAAUGAAUAAAAAUAAAAAAUAAAUGAUGUUGAAAGGAAAACAGAAACAUUUUACCAUAUGUUAUAAAUGUAUAUGUAAUAUGUAAGCUAAUAGCUUAGUAAUAAUAAUAAACAAAACAAAAAUGUACGUAUGCUUAAAUCCUAACUAUUAAACAAAAAAAAAAACACACACACACAUACAUACAUGAAAAACCAACUAAAAGAAAAAACUCCUUAACUAUAGCAGAGAAAAAGAAAAGAAA